CGAAAAUACUGUGAUUUAACAUUUAUUUAUAUUUAUUAAAUAUUUAUAUUAUUUAGUGCUAACGGGUGCUAACUAUUAAUUUAUUAUAUACAAACUUACCAUAAACCUUCUAUACUGUUUUGUACGUGAUUAACUCCAGUUCUAAUGGAAGAAAAAUCUGAAAUGACGCCUGCCCAAGAGACCUCUCCCACAGAGGCUCAAAUAAGUUUGGCAAAUUUCUGGCCCAAAGUUAUGGAAGAAAUAAACAACGUAACUGCUGAGGACUUCAAACACCAAUCUUUACCUUUAGCACGUAUAAAGAAGAUCAUGAAAUUAGAUGACGAUGUAAAAAUGAUUUCUGCAGAAGCACCUAUGUUGUUUGCUAAAGCUGCAGAGAUAUUUAUAAACGAGUUAACUCUACGAGCAUGGACACACACAGAGGAUAAUAAAAGAAGGACGUUACAGCGUAGUGAUAUUGCAAUGGCUGUUACAAUAAAUGAUCAGUUUGAUUUUUUGAUAGACAUAGUGCCCAGGGAUGAAAUUAAACCCCAAAAGCCACGUGAAGAGGGUGUAUCUAGAGUUUUGACUUCUGAGCAAAUACAGUACUACGUUCAGCUUGCACAACAACAAAACCAAGCACAACAACAACAACAACAAACAGUCACACAAGCAACCAAUAACACCACAGAAGUUACUACUCAAAAUGUAACAACAGCGGAUAAUGCACAAACAGCAACUUUGACAACGCCUUUAACAACGAGUAACAAUAGCUUAAGUAACAUUCAAAUUAUGCAACAGAUUGUAUCGCCUUCUGGAGAGGUGCAACAUGUUCCUAUAUCUGUGACACCGGCACAAUUGAAUAUGAUUCGAAUGCAAAUGCAGAAUAACACAUCACAACCGAUAGUCUUACAAGCUUUGCCGAGGUCGACUGCACAGUCACAAAUCUUACAAGUCGGCCAGAAUAAUGGUGCUUCAGUGUAUUUAACAUCAGCAGCGAGUAUUUCGGAAUCUAAUGAGUGAAUUUAAUAUUAUCUAAUGGAUAAUCACAACAUGAAUAUGUAUAUAAUUAAUUUAUAAGGUACUUUUAA